AUGUCAACAUCCACAUCGAUACCCGCAUCCACAUCUACCGCUAGGCGUCAAAUCCCGUACCAGCCGCGCUCAUCCCCAUCUACCACUCCCUUUCCCUAUAAUGCCAAAGACCUUGAACCGAUGGACGAUUCACCCGAUGAGAUAUUCUAUUCGGAACCUCGCUUCGUCACUCAUAUAGAUGAUGGGGCAAUAACCGCAUUGCGAUCCUAUUUCGCAGAGGUGUUACCUACAACCGAAGGAUCGAGGAUACUAGAUAUGUGUACAAGUUGGAUAAGUCAUUAUCCACCACAGGUAGAGAAGGCUGUCGAAGAUGGAUGUAUAGAGGUAGUAGGAGUAGGAAUGAACAAUGAGGAGAUGAAAUACAAUAAAGUGUUAAAAGGGAAAUACGUAGUCAAAGACCUUAAUCGAGAUCCAAUGGUAUCCGGCUGGCCAGGUGAUGAAGAUGGAGAAAGAGAGAUCUUGGAUAGUACGACGUGUACUGUAUCUAUCGAUUAUAUAACGAAACCAUUAGAAGUUCUUACGAGUCUCAGAGAAAGGACGAAAAAGGGUGGAAGUGUACAUCUGAUCAUCAGUAAUAGGUGUUUUCCCAGCAAGGUUGUUGGAAGAUGGAUGGGAAUAUACGAGGAUGAUAGAUUGAAUAUGGUUGGAGAUUAUCUCGCUUGGAGUGGGUGGAAAGGGAUUGAGAUUUUGGUGUUGAAAGAGGGUUCGAGGUUUACGAGAGGUGAUCCGUUAUGGGUGGUGAGAGGGUACAAGGAGUGA